GAAUGUGUUAUGAAAAAUUGCAAAAUCUAGCUUACAAUGAUAAAUACUUAGUUCUAGAUCUAUUAUAAAUGAUUUAUUGCUACAAAAUUUAUGAAAAUAUAGAAUCAACUGCACAUCAAUGGGUAGCGCAUAUUUGGAUGCAUAAAUAAAUUCAGUUAAUCGAGUUGACUAUCCCGUCUAUUGAGUGUUGAAAAUGUCGAAGAAUGGCGAAGUUUCUUCAAAUCAAGGUCCCAGCAGGCCAACUAUGCCAAAGCCAGAUCUAAAUUUGUUUACAACUGAGAAGCGCAAAAUAUUGAAUCUACAAUUAGCUGGCCCAUCAGAUGACAAUGCUGCUUUUAUGCCGUUCACGCCAAAUCCUCCUAUUCAAAAACCAAGGGUUCCUUCAAGAACUAUAAGGGAUGUUCUCCCUGAAAACACAAGAGACAGAUGUAGGAUCUACCCAUCAAUGCAGUCAUCAGGCAAGCUGCAGCUGUCGGCAACGGAGGUGUAUGACUUCACGGCUGAUGAUUUGCAGGACCAUGGUGAAAUAGGCAGGGGUGCAUUUGGAGCUGUGAAUAAAAUGGUUCACAGGAAAAGUAACAGAGUAAUGGCUGUGAAGCGUAUUCGCUCCACUGUGGAUGAGAAAGAGCAGAAGCAAUUGUUAAUGGACCUGGAAGUUGUGAUGAAGAGUAAUGAAUGUCCAUACAUUGUACAGUUUUAUGGGGCACUAUUUAAAGAGGGCGACUGUUGGAUUUGCAUGGAGCUAAUGGAUACAUCCUUAGACAAAUUCUACAAAUUCAUCUGUGAAAGGAUGCAGACCAGAAUACCGGAGAACAUUAUUGCUAAAAUAACUUUAGCAACAGUCAAAGCUUUAAAUUAUUUAAAAGAGAAAUUAAAAAUAAUUCACAGGGAUGUGAAACCAUCUAAUAUAUUAUUAGAUAGGGGAGGUAAUAUAAAAUUGUGUGACUUUGGCAUAUCUGGUAAGUUAGUGGACUCCAUUGCUCGUACUCGGGAUGCUGGCUGCAGACCCUACAUGGCACCUGAGCGAAUAGACCCAGGUCGCGCGCGCGGCUACGACGUGCGUUCAGAUGUGUGGUCUCUGGGAAUAACGUUAAUGGAGGUGGCCACAGGAGCAUUCCCAUACCCGAGGUGGGGUUCGGUGUUUGAGCAGUUACAACAAGUCGUGCAGGGGGAUCCCCCGCGACUGACUAACAAUAAUAACAUCUUCUCUAACAACUUUGUCAACUUUGUUAAUACAUGCUUAAUAAAAGAAGAGACCCAAAGACCAAAAUAUAACAGACUGUUAGAGCAUCCGUUCAUAAAAGGCAUUGAACACAGUCGGGCGGACGUCGCCUCGUACGUUUGUGAAAUACUCGACGCCAUGGAACGUAACGGAGUCAGUCCCUUCACCACAGAUCAGCCGGCGCAGGCCUGGAUAGAUUGAAUCUGACUAGUAAAACUUUUUUACUUGAAUCUUUAUGCACCUUUCAACUUCAUCCUUAUAUUUAUUGUAAUAUUAUGUAUUAAAUAUCAUAUUUGUUCAUAGAAGCAAAGUCUUAGAUUAUAUAGCUUGCCAGACGACUGUACAUAAACUUGUGUGAGUGAGAGAAUGCAAAAAAAUGUAGUUUAGAAUGACUUGAAUAAAAGUUAGCUUCACUAUAGUAUAUUCACCAUUCUACUGUUUAAUAUGCCUGUUAAGUUUAAUUUAAAUGAUUGUAAAAAUAGGCCCUAUCUAUUUGUGUAAGUUUGGGCAUUGUUGAUUUGUCAAACUGCAUUUAUUUUUUGCCACAAGAUUCUUGUAGGCAAGAUAAUGAAAAAUAUAUUGUAAAUCACAGUUGUAAACAAAUUUAAAAUUAUUUACUGAACUGGAUGAGUGUCAUCCAUAUGAUUCACAGCAAUUUGAUUACUUAAAGACUUUUAUUAUAGACCAGUAAAGGGCUAAACAUCUUCUGGGUAUGGAAAAAUCUAAUAUUUUCUCUCAGUGUAAAACAAUAAUCGAUAUAUUUACCUACAUUGAUUAUUUGGUUACAUUAAAUAGUCACAAGGCUGUAUAGUCAUUAGUCACAUUACAGACAAUAAGUGAUUUUAUGCAUUAAAUAUUAAUGUUACUUGAUAAGUCGAACGGUCAAACCUGCUAAAUCAAUAGCAAUUAUGAUUGUAAUUUUGUGCACUCCCUUUUUAAUGAAUUAUAUUAGGAGCAUUGUGAUUAAUAUAAUUAGGUUAUUGAAGGCUGGUCCUUUUGUUAGUGUGAAAUAAUAUUAAUAUUCUUUAGAACUAGUGGCCCAUUCUUAGAAAGUCAUAAGGACUCUAGUUUUCUGGAAAUAAUUUUUAUGCAAAUUUUUUCCAAACUGGAUAUACCCGCAAAUUCGUUAUGCCGAAAUUCAUUUGUAGCGCGGGGACAGUACAUUUUGCUGCAAUAAGAGCUGUACAGUACUCCCAAAUUAAUAAUGCGCAUGGAAAUCUUCGCUAAUU